AAGACACCAAGCGCCGUCCUCGGUCGUCGCGGUGAUCAAUGUCGAGAGCGCUGCGCAGCCUGCCCGCCCUCCUGCGCGAGGCGGAGGUGUGCCUGUGGCGCGGCGAGGCCGCGGCCGGCAUCGCCGCGUCGCGUGAGGCGCGGGCCGUUUGCGCGACGCUGCCCGCCUCUGCGAUGCCGAGGCGCGAGGCGCGGCUGGCGGCCAACCUGCACGGGGCUCUGCUCCACCUCGCCGGCGACUAUGACGAGGCGGAGGAGUUUCUCGACGAGGCGCUCGCGCUCGCCGAGGCGGCGGCGAGGCACGGCCUCGCACACGACCAGUUUGUGUGCUGCGCCGGGGCGCUCGGCGACUUGGGCUCAAACGCGCUGGCGCUCGGCGACGCCGGCAAGGCGCUCGCGUGCAGCAAGCGCGCCGAGUACAUGCUCAACCGCGCCUACCGGCCGAGCCACGCGGCGCAAGGCGCGCUGCGUGUCACGCUCGGCCUGUCGCAGAGCGCGAUUGGCGACCACGCCGCCGCGCUGCGCAGCCACCAGCAGGCGCUCGCUCAGCUCACGUCGCCGCCCGCGAUUGCCGCGCACGCCCCGCCAAUGUGGUCGCUCGCGGCGCGCGUUGGCGCCAUCGCCGCCGCCGCCUCGCUCGGCGACGCGCAGACCGCGAGGGGGCUGGCGGACGAGGCGCUCGCCGCGAGCAGCGGCGCGCCCGUCGGGACUGAUGGCGGCGAGGUGAGCCGCGAGGCGAUCAGAGCGGUGGUGGCGAUGGCCGA